GGGGCUGCCCGUGCCGCCGCUGCCGCCGCCUCUGCUGCUGCUCGGGGUGCUGCUGGCCGCGGCGCCGGGCGCGGCGCUGGGCAAGGAGACGGCGUUCGUGGAGGUGGUGCUCUUCGAGUCCAGCCCCAGCGGCGACUACACCACCUACACCACGGGGCUGCAGGGCCGCUUCUCCCGCGCGGGGGCCACGCUGAGCGCCGAAGGCGAGAUCGUGCAGAUGCAUCCACUUGGACUGUGUAAUAGCAAUGAUGAGGAAGACCUGUAUGAAUAUGGCUGGGUAGGAGUGGUGAAAUUGGAACAGCCAGAGUUGGAGCCUAAGCCAUGCCUCACUGUCUUAGGAAAGGCAAAGCGAGCAGUGCAGCGAGGAGCCACCGCGGUCAUCUUUGAUGUUUCUGAAAACCCAGAUGCCAUUGAUCAGCUGAACCAGGGCUCAGAGGACCCUCUGAAGAGACCAGUGGUGUAUGUGAAAGGUGCUGAUGCUGUCAAGCUGAUGAACAUUGUGAACAAGCAGAAAGUGGCGCGGGCCCGGAUUCAGCAUCGCCCCCCACGGCAACCCACGGAGUACUUUGACAUGGGAAUUUUCCUGGCCUUCUUUGUGGUUGUGUCUCUGGUUUGCCUCAUUCUUCUUGUCAAGAUCAAACUGAAACAGCGACGCAGUCAGAAUUCCAUGAACAGGCUUGCAGUGCAAGCACUGGAGAAAAUGGAGACCAGGAAGUUUAAGUCCAAAAGUAAGGGACACCGAGAAAGUAACUGUGGAGCACUGGAUACACUCAGUAGCAGCUCCACCUCUGACUGUGCCAUCUGCUUGGAGAAGUACAUUGAUGGGGAGGAACUGCGUGUCAUUCCCUGCACUCACCGAUUCCACAAGAAAUGUGUGGAUCCUUGGCUGCUGCAGCACCACACCUGCCCUCACUGCCGCCAUAACAUCAUAGAACAGAAGAAGGGGAAUGCAGCCCCGAUCUGUCUGGAAUCCAUCAAUGCAGCCCGCAGCAGGCAGCAGAGGGUGAUUCUGCCUGUGCACUACCCGGGCCGAGUGCACAGGGCCAGCCAGAUCACAGCGUAUCCCACCCGGACCAGCAUGGACCCCCACGGGAACCCCAUCACCCUGCUGACAGUGGAGAGACACGGGGAGCAGAGCCUCUACCAAGCCCCUUCCCCUGCCUACAUCCGCAGUUAUCAGCCUAUUCACUUGGACCAUGCUUUAAACACCCACCACUGCAGCCUGGAGCACAGGGCUUACUCUCCAGCUCACAACUUCCGAAGGCCCAAGUUUGGUGGACGCAACUUUUCCAAAGCGGCGUGCUUUUCCCGAUACGAGACCAUGUAUCAGCACUACUACUUCCAAGGCCUUAGCUACCCUGAGCAAGAUGGACAGCUUCCAGCUGGCAUUGCCUCCAAGGGUCCUUCCCGUGCCUUUCAGCCUGGCAGCAGCGUGCUUUUCCCUCCUGUGGUACACGUGAUGCCCUCGUCCCGCUUGGAGAGCGGCAGCACCUCCAGCUUCAGCUGCUACCACGGCCACCGCUCGGUGUGCAGCGGGUACUUGGCCGACUGCCCUGGCAGUGACAGCAGCAGCAGCAGCUCUGGUCAGUGCCACUGCUCCUCCAGUGAUUCCAUGGUUGACUGCACUGAGGUCAGCAACCAGGGGGUUUACGGGAGCUGCUCCACGUUCCGCAGCUCUCUGAGCAGUGACUAUGACCCCUACGUGUACCGCAGCAGGAGCCCCUGCCGGGUGCCUGAGGUCGGUGCUGCCAACAGGGGGGCGAUUGUGCUCUUGGAGGGCCCCCACCAGGACGAGCUCCCAGCUCACGGCCUGGUGGGUGCUGACUGCAGGCCCGUGCCAGCUUCUUCCUCAGGGGACCAACUGUCUAAUUGCAGCAUGGAUAUGAACUAUAGCAGUAAUUCCUCACUAGAGCACAGGGAUCCAAAUGGCACUACCUCAGAGGGAGGACCUGAGGCCGCUGCUGGUGCUGCCUUGGAUGUUAAAAGGAACUGGAAGAAUCCAGAGAUGGCAGGGUCGGUUUCGGAGCAGGCGUGCGCGUGCUGCUUUGAAUUCCAGCACUCUGCCCUGGAGCCCAGCAGUGGCACAGCUGACUGUGGUGCACUCUUCCUUAGCUCCCCACUGUGGGGGACGUGUGGCCAAGGAAUGGAACCACAGUCAGGGAACACCCCAGGCUUGUACAGUAUUAACUCAGACCACUUACAUAGGACAGAUGGGGUAAAAUAUGAGGGGUUGCCCUGCUGCUUCUAUGAAGAGAAGCAGGUAGCCUGUAGUAGCACCAGUGGCAGUGGAGGUGGUGGCUGCUAUACAGAAGACUAUGCAGUGAAUGUGCAGUACACGCUUCCUGAUGACACCUUGCCAAACUGCUGUAAGGGUGUAUGUGAUCUGGGUCAACGCAUUCCCAUCAUUCCUGAAGACAGAGACUGUGAGCUGAUCCUACCACCAGAGCACCAGGGGACCCACAUAGGAGGCUGCAGCUCCUGGGAUGGAACACCUGAGCUAGACACUUACCUGCACUGUCAAGGUGUUGGAGAGGUACAGGUGGAGAGGGAGGUGUGCUAUGAGGCAACGUCAUUCCUGCAGCAGAACUACUCUCAGGAGGAGGAAACUGGAAUGCCCUUUCCCAGUCCCACUCUGAACUCCCAGAAGCUUAUGAUGACCACAAAGGCCACAGGUGCUGGAUCUCAUCCCUUGGAGAGAAGCCAAAUCAGUGACUAGACCUGACCAGAAGAUCCCAGAUGGAGAAGUGGAGCUGAUCAGAGACUCCAAAUUCUCAUGGACUUAAUUUUUUUAAGCUUUGACAAACACACAAAAGUGGUAAUGUGGAGAAGUCCCUCCCCUACUUCCUCUGUGUUCACAUCAGUUUGAUUGUCUCCUUUGUCCCUCCUGACUGAAGCUUCAGGCCUUGAUUUGUGUGCAAAGCCCAUGUGGGACAUGGUGUGGAGCAUUUCUGAGCUCUAGUGCCAUUUCUAUAUUAAUGACAAAGUGUUAUUUAUAUUUUCUUUUUAGAAGUGACCUCUUGCUGAGAGGUAACACAGUGUGUUAAAUAAGCCAGGCUAUGUGUAGAUGCUGUUAUCUCCUGCUUGAAGGAGUCCAGCCUUUGAUAAGCUCAGGGCUACACCUGCCUUAGAAACCAGAUAGCACCUUGAAAUAUAGUAAUCCAGAGGGAUACAGCUGCUGAAUGGAUGCUCAGAUACUGACUGAUCCCUGUAGCAAAUCCUAGCAGCCAGCCAGUUAUGUGAGUGAUUUUGAGGGAGGUGAAGCAUUGGACUGUCUCCUUUCUCCUCUUCCCUUCUCCCCCCUUUCAUGCUGCUCUGAUGGUUUGCCUAGGAAGGUGUCCUGCCUUUAGGAUUAGUUUCAACAGAGUGGGGGUAAGGAAACUGAGAGCUCAGAAUGUUCUCAUCCUCACUUCUGUAUUUAAACCGUGGACCUCAUUGUAUCUUCUGACCAGUGAAGAAUGCUGGGGACCUCUCCCUCAAGCAGAUGCUCGAACAAAGUGCUUAGAAAGGGUAUUACCUUUGUAGGUAAUGAACUUUUCCUUCCAUAGGAAGUUUUUCAGGCACCUGUAGCCCCUGUUCCAGCUGUGAGGAAUGCUGGCAUGUGCAGGAAAGCAGAGCUUGCAGUGUGCUCACAGCUUUGCUGGCUCAUUUUGGAAACAGGGUUUCUUGUUUCCUUCCAGGCUGCAAGCAUGCCUAAGGGAAGCAGUGCUUGUCACCUUCUGUGUGUGUGGCAAAGUGAGGGACUUGGUUUGAUCAUUGUUUUCUUCUUUGCUGUGGUUGAUGUAGCUUCCAUAGAUUGAUCUGUUUUAAAGGUUUCUUGGGCCCAGCCGGUUGUGCUUCAUUUCUGUCUUGUGUACAGAGUGCUCUCUGUACCCCAUUAUCCUGGGCACAUCCUUUUGUUCUUGUUCUUGUCCUAGUGGGGAUGUUUGUUAUCAUGAGAUAAUUCAUGUCGUCACUUCUGAUAGCAAUUGUUUCCUGUGGAAACAGCAGCUUCUGAGUAAGAGGCUACCAUAGCAUGGGUGAAAUUGCCUGUCAUGCUGCAUGUGCCUGAGGACACAGUGUCAUCCUGUGGUGUAUUCACAGCAGGAAUUCUUCUAAAGGGAAACUAAGUAUUUAAUGCCCACAGUGCCAGUCUUCUGAAAAGAUUUGUCCCAAGUUCAUUACACUUUGGAGAUACUCAAAGACAAGAAAUAGAGAUGUACACUUCAUAUUCUGCCAAAGCAAUGUCCUUGACAGCACUGGGCUGGUUGUGAGACCAGCAAAGCUAAUUUGUAAUUCUCUGUAGUCCCAAAUGAACUAUUUUAAAAGAAGGAAACAGAUAUCUAAGAAAUAACAAAUACAUUCAUCUAUUUCCUUUUGCUUUCAUACCCAGUAAUUAGGAAAAAAGUUCUACCUAAAGGAAUUCACAUUUCAUCUUUUCAGUCAACAAGCACCAAAAUUCAGCUGUUCAGAGAAUUAAUACAAGGCAAUAUCUGGGUAUAAGAUUAAAAGAAAAAUUUCAAUAAACACAUUUUCUGUGUAUAAAGCUUAUUAAAAACUUAUUCAUUCUCUGAAUGACUGAAGUAAGUGGUAUGUGUUGGGAGAACAAACUCUAAGGGUUUGUCAUUUUUGGAAAUUUUUUUGUUUUUAAUUUUUAAGUCUUACCCUCUCCUUCCUCCACUAAAAAAGAAAUGCAUUUUAGAAGCUAUGGUACACUAGCUUGGUUAUUCCGCUUGGUGUUCUGUGAGGCGCUGUAAAGGCCACCUAGGAUACAUUGUACUCUGUAACUAAAACAGCAUAUUGUGGUAAAAGUGUUUCUUACAAAGAUUUGAAUGUUCUGGCUCCUGGUGAUCCCAGAUGUGCUGGUCCCACACAUUGUGGAAAUCUCUGCUGGUACAAAUCUCUGCAGGCCACACACAGACACCUACACCUGCCUUCUGUGCUGGCUCUGCCAUUUAACAUAAAACUGUCCAGUGCAGACUCACAGGCUAGCUGGCCAUGAUAGAUGGUUUUUAUAACAAAAUGCCUUUCUACUACUUACAUGAACAGUUGUCGUUGUGUUUGGCUCAUGAGGCACUAUUUAAAAUGUUUUUAAUUAAAAUUGUCUUAUAGCACUUAAAAUUGUUUUGUAUAAAAUUUGCUGUAAAGAUUUGUAAUAUGGUCAAAGGGCUCUUUCUCCUUCAUUACCAUUUUUAAAAAUGUUUUAAAAGCUAGAAAGCAUCUUGUAUAUAUUCUGUAUAUGUAUAGCAGCACAUUUCAUGUAUGGAAAUAUGUUCUCAGAAUAUUUAUUUACUAAUAUAUUUAUCUUAAGCCAUGUCUUAUGUUGAGAGUGUGUGACAUUAUUGUAAUAAUCACUGAAAAUCACUAACACGAGGCCCUGUAAAUACAUGAUAAUUGCACACAAAGAUUUUACAGUACUUGCCGACCAAAAAUGAUUUUAAGAGAAGUGUAGUUACUUGCAGUUUUGUAAGAAAGUGUACAAAUGUCUGUAUUAAAAGAAAAAAAAAGGCAAAACCACACAAAAAAUACAGUUUUAUUGCAUAUACAUGUGGGAGUUGUCCUUCUUGUUUUGGGGGAAAGGACAUAGAUAACUGUUCUCAAAGUACAGUCCUACAUAUACUGGGAUGAACUCUAAUAAACAACAUUUUUCCCUAUUAUUUUUUUAAACAAUAGAUAGGUGGAUAUUUAUAUGCCUUUACACAGCAUCCAGUUACUGGGGGGCAGUGUGGGGUAGGGGUCACACAAGCCCCUGAGCCCCCCAGGCACAGGGGAGUUCCACAUCUGCUAAAAGAAAUCCUCAUUUGUGUUUGGAUCCUGCCUGUUCCUCAUUGCAGGGGAACCGAACUCUGUUGUAAUUUCAGAUAAAAGUAAUUUAUUGUAAUUUAUUGCCCUGAAAUAAAAUUGUUUUGAAAGAGCA